AUGAGUUGUUGAAUGCUCUAGUUGCGGCAGAGGGAGUGAUGGGCCGUGGGAAAGAGGUCCUUAUUGCUGCCAAGGGAUCUGCUUCUUCGUCGAAAGGCGGGAAAAAGAAGUGGAAAGGUCCAAAGGGCAAGCAUGACCAUGAGGCUAGUGGGAGCGGUAAAGCCAAAGCAGAUGGCCCUACCGGCGGCGUGAAGAAGCCAACGGGCAAGGGAAAGUGCUUCAAAUGCGGCAAGGUUGGGCAUUGGAAGAAAGAUUGUCCAGUGCUCAAGGCAAAGGGACAAGGGCUUCAAGCCAACAAGGGAGCUAGCAAGUGAUGAGAUCACCAUCUCCAUGGGCAAUGCGUCGAAGGUCGCAGCUGUUGCUAUUGGAGAUUUAUCUUUAUGUUUUGGUGAUGACAUUUUAGUUUUGAGAGAUAUUUUGUAUGUGCCGGAGUUUCGGCGGAACAUAAUUUCUGUUUCAAAAUUGUUUUUGAAUGGAUAUUCUGUUAUUUUUGAUA